CCCGCACAGUCUUAUGUACGAUGGCGACGAGCCACUCUCUGCUUGAUUAGGGGUUACAAGUCCAAAACAACGUCAUAAGCAAUCAUAAAACUUCCAUAAUUAUGUAGGAAAGGAGGUUUAGAAGUUCACGUUUGUUUGCAACAUGAUGACUCUUACAGCAAUUCUCUCAUUAGCCUAGUAUACCAUGUCGCCAAUUGGAUCACUACUAUGGCGACAUUUGCGCGUGUAUCAAAUAUACGGUUCUAAUACUGACGUGGGAAAAACUAUCUUCACCUCUAUCUUUUGCAAUGCCUCAAGCAGGCUAUGGAAGCAUGAGACAAUAGCGUAUUUGAAGCCCGUCUCUACUGGGCCAGAGGAUGAAGCCGACGAUAAUCAUAUUGGACGGUUCACCAAUGGCGUCGCUCGUAGGACAUUAUACCAAUUCAGCCAGCCCGUGAGCCCGCACAUUGCUGCUAACGGAAAUGUUAUUUCAGACGAGCGCGUCUUAAAGUCAGUCUAUGAAUACGCCUCUGAGAGAGCUUCUGCUGGCCCCGGUUGGCUUUUCAUAGAAACUGCUGGCGGGACUCAUUCUCCCGGCCCAUCUGGUACUCCACAAGCGGAUCUUUAUGCUGCCUUGAGAUGUCCGGUAGUAUUAGUGGGAGACUGGAAGCUAGGUGGCAUAUCAUCUACACUGUCCGCCUUCGAGUGCCUUAAGAUCAGAGGGUACGAUGUGGAAAGCAUUGUUUUAUUUGAAGACGAGAAGUAUGGCAACUCUGAUUAUCUCAAACAAUAUUUCGAAGAACAGUAUGGCCUCCCGGUCAUGGCUUUGCCUACACCGCCUCCUCUGGAUAAUGGCAGCAGCAAGAAGAAUGACCAUGAGUUGAUGCUCGAAUAUUAUCUACAGGCCAGCCAGGCUAAGGAGGUCGAAGAAACACUGGUACAUUUGGAUGACCGGUUCAAGUCUCGAAUAAAAGCCCUAGAGAGUAUGACAGGAGAGGCACAUCAGAAAAUUUGGUACCCCUUCACGCAACAAAAGCUACUCCAGCCAAAGGACAUUGUACCGAUUGAUAGCGCCUCUGGGAGUUAUUUCCAAACUUUAGUCCCUCAGUCCUUUGAGAAGCCGACGGGGACAUCUUUAUUACAGCCGUCGUUCGACGGAUCCGCAUCAUGGUGGACUCAAGGCCUAGGUCACGGAAACACUUCGUUAACAUUAGCCGCUGCGUACGCUGCGGGUCGUUACGGGCACGUAAUGUUUGCUGGGAUGAUUCAUAAGCCCGCCUUGGAUCUGGCUAGCUCGAUGCUUCAAAUUGCGCAAAAUCCGCGCCUAAGCCGUGUCUUCUUCUCAGAUAACGGGAGCACGGGCAUGGAAGUUGCAGUCAAGAUGGCUCUGCGUGCGGCUCGCACUCGGUACGGCUGGUCCCCCGAUACGAAGAUUGAUAUCCUAGGACUCAAGGGCUCUUAUCAUGGUGACACUAUCGGUACAAUGGAUUGCGCUGAACCGAAUACAUUCAAUGAGAAGGUGGAAUGGUAUGAAGGGAAAGGUGUCUGGCUCGAUUACCCGCAGAUUCAAUGUGUUGCAGGCGAAUGGCAAAUUCAAGCUCCCAACGAAUUUGGCACAGACUGCAAUCAUCGCUUUCCCCAUCUUACUGAUAUCUUCAAUCUCGAACAACGUAUAGGCUAUGGGGAUCACAAGCUGUAUGAGAAAUAUAUUCUUUCUACUCUACAGAGGCAUCUAGAUGAAGGUCGCAAGUUUGGCGCCUUGAUCCUCGAGCCAGUUGUGCUUGGAGCAGGAGGCAUGGUUUUAGUCGAUCCCCUUUUCCAGAAGACUUUGGUGGAUGUAGUUCGACAGAAUCCUUCGAUAUUUGGUUCGGGAAAUUCACGAACUCGCCCUAGCGACAACAGGAGCUGGAGUGGCCUACCCGUCGUCUUUGAUGAAGUCUUCACCGGCCUUUAUCGGCUGGGGAGACCCAUGGCUGCCACCUUUCUCGAUUCAAACCCCGAUAUAUCAGUUCAUGCCAAGCUGAUGACUGGCGGACUAGUCCCUCUUUGCGUCACCUUAGCUUCAGAAUGCAUAUUCAAUGCUUUUGCAAGUGAAGAGAAAUCCGAUGCGCUACUUCAUGGCCACAGUUACACAGCCCAUCCUGUCGGCUGCCAGGUAGCGAUCGAUUCUCUGAAACAGUUACAGUCAAUGGAUAAAUCUGGUAAUUGGAACUGGGCCAAAUCUAACGGCUGGUUGCAAGCGAACAACGACAUCUACUCGAAGCUUUCUCAGACUAAUCCCCGAGUUUGGUCAAUCUGGCCGCUAGACUUAAUUCAGUGGAUUUCUCUUCAGACUAAGGGAGUGGCAGGCGUUUGGGCUAUGGGGAGCGUAUUGGCUAUACAUCUACGUGCAUCUGAUGGUAGUGGCUAUGCGAGUAGGGCCGCAGAAGGCCUACGUAAAAGGCUUUUAGCUGGUUCUGGAAGUGUAUCAAUUGGAUCCUGGAAUGUGCACUCGAGAGUACUCGGUAAUGUUCUUUACAUAAUGGGCGGCCAGCGUAUAACGGAGCAAGAGGUGGAAGAGAUAUCCAAGCUCCUACGUAUAGGACUUGGAGAAUGCCUAUAAUCAAGGUCACAUAUCAUGUGCACAAAGCUAAUGCUGUAAUUAUGAACCAUCUUAAAACAUG